UUAUAGGUGCAGGCAUGAUCCAAGCCAAAUCUUAGCUACAAAACCAGCUGCCAUGGAAACGAAUAGCUCAGAGGACAUCGAGUCUCUUAUGGAGGACAUGGACUAUAUUCCAGGACAUUUUCACCUGGAUCUCCAUUUGAACUGUGAUCCGGAGGGGCCCUUGAAGCUGAGGCACAGAGACACGUAUCUGAAACAGGAGAGUUUGAGAGGAGAGCUGGAGGUGGAAGUGGGGUAUUUACAGUAUGCAGUUAGAAAUCUACUCGGACUAUUGGCGUUUCAUUUGGACCAGCUGGACUCAGCAGAGGAGAUCUUCAGGAGCAUUUGUAAGGAGGACCCCGGUAACCUGAACGCGUGGGCUAACCUGGGGUACGUGUAUGACCGCCUGGGCCGUGAGCUGGAGGCGGGGGAGUGUGUGGAGCAGGUGUCCUCUCUCAUGGGGCUGGGCGGAGGAGAGAUGAGCCAGGCUGAGUCCAGGCUCCUGGCAGCUCGGUGUCUGGCGGAACAGGCUUAUGUGUACCCCUACGACGUGGAGCUGGAGAACGAAGAGGAGCUCAGGGAGAGACUGACCUCAGCCCUCACACUGUACAACCGAGCGCUGGACUACGGGGGACAGCUGCUUCCAGUGGAGGAAAAGAGAAGCUGGUAUUUCAAAAUGGCUCUGAUCUACAUAAGGCUGGACGACAUCGUGAAGACCAAAGUGGACUCAGAAUACUCCAGACUGUCCCAUUACAACAAAGGAUUGAAGCUUCUGAAGGAGACACUGGAAUCUGAGAGACCACAACACAAAGCUAUUGCCUGGUGUCACGUUGGCGUCAUGUUGGAGAGAAAAGACGAGUUUGUGACUGUGCCCAUGUCUGUGCACGACUGUGGAUACUCUGCCACUGACCCUCUCAACUGUUACGCAACGGCGAUAAACCUGGCCAGUGACGAUGUCUCCAUCCUGAACAUGCUGGCCAAGCUGGUGUUUCUUCUGGGCAAACACGAGAUGGCCACAGGGAUCUGCAACAUGGCUCUGAACGUGCUGCCCGACCCUGAACUCAACUGGCAGGCCUACUGUACCCGCGCCAAGAUUCAUGUGAUCCAGUACAUGAGAGACCUGGAAAAAGCCAAGAUCGGAGAAGGAGGAAUCCCGGACCGGCAGAACCUGACGGCAGCUCGCAAAGACCUGGACAAAGUGCUGAGUGUGCGCCCCUGUCUGAGGACGCACCUGGAGAUGGCACAGGUGUACUACUACAUGGGAGUGGAUGCAUUACGGGAGAGCCUCUUGGUCGAUGAAGCCGCUGUGAACAAUGCACUGGUCAGUCUGUCCCAAGCUUUACAGUUUGAACACGCCGACUCUGUACCAGACCUCCACAUCCUCAGGGGGCGCUGUCUGCUUCUGAAGGGAGAGGAACAGAACGCCGUGGACUGCUUCAAACGUGCUCUAGAGCUAGAACGCCCAGGAAGCAUAGACACCACUGCUCUACACUGCCUCCUACAGGCUCUAGUGGUACUUUUCAUACAGUCGGGGCAGGAUCACAACGAAGAGCCCUGUUCGGCAAUUGUUCAGUUGGAAACGUGGGUGAAGAAGGCAGAGGAGAGGUACCCGAAAGACGUGGUGAAGGCGGAGUUAAAGAUGCUGUACCGGACUCAGCCAGAGGAGGUGGCGGAGCUGUCACGAGCGCUGAUCCAGACAGGGAGACUGGAGCUGGUGAGGAGGCUGCUGGAGACUGUGGUGCCCAAACAGAAACCAAAGAGGAAACCAAUGCUCAGGACAUACUCUCUGACGUAAACAUGGAUCUACAGGAUUAAAGGGGGACUAUGGAACUUUUCAGAUAGCGGCCGGGUACAGACCACUUGCUCGUCUGCGUGGUAGUGUUAUUGCUUUGCUUAGCUGGAUUAUUCCACAGUAUUGCAUUAAAUGUAUCUAUCACUAUGGAGACAAACAGAUGACUCCACCAGGCCAUGUUACAGGUCAGAUCUGUGGAGAGGCAACCCAGCUCACAAUAAGAAUGCAUGUUUUUCUAGUUACAUUUUUUGUGUGAUUACAAAAAUCUCAAACAGUAGAACGUACAAGGCAAAGCAAUAACAUCUCCAUGGCGACAAGCAGGUGGCAGGCCCCCCAUCAGAAAAGUUCCAUAGUGGACUUUUAAAACAAAAGCAAUUUAUUUUUUGUAAAACUGAUGAUGCAGUAUUUGGAUCUUUUACCUCAAGCAGCCACUUUCCAAUAUUUUGUGAGUUUAAUAUGUAAAGUCCUGACUCCACAGUGUGGGACUGUUGAUUUUUGUUAUUGGAUGUAUGUGUAAAAUUGAAAAAAGAAAUCGCACAAUAUUCCCUAUAUUCCCUAUAUUCCCUAUAUUCAUUUACUUAGUGCUCUUUGGAAUUGGACAUUUGUAACAAGAUGAUAUUCUCUGAAAUACUGUUCAUUUGAUGUUGUGUUUGUUACUAGUAUCUGGCAUGUGUGUGUGUGUUUGUGUAUGUUAAAUGAAGUUUUGCGUUUAAACAUGACUACCAUCAGAGUAUUGUUUAAUUUAGCCAACGCAUGUCGGCUACUCAAUUUAAAAUAUUGUCUAUGAAUUACUUUCUUUACUUUUACUUCUCAAUAAAAAACUGCUUUUGGCAUUGGA